GAUAUCGCAGAGGACGAUGUCGAAAACGGCGCGCUUUCCUUCGAAAGUUCUCAAACAAAAAAAUGGACCUUCACAGGGCGAGCGACGAGUCAUGCACGGGGAUCACAUGUCGGAGGUGUCGGUGCGGUCUCAACGCGGCCGGUCGUUCACGUCUAUCAAGGUAUUUGACGACAACGAUGAGUACAAAAAAGGAACCUACCUCUGUUCUCUUGCCAAGAAGGCUGGUCUUAUCCUUAAUUCGGGAAGAAAGCACAACACCUUGAGUGCUGACUCUACCACAUUCAGCAGGGAUUUCACUCAAAGUUUAAAAGAACAUCCUGAAUAUCCUCAGGUUGUUGCAGAAGUCCUGAAAGAAAUCAAGGAGUAUUUGGAUAACAAAGACAGGUUGCAAAAAGCACUUACAGUGACUUACCAGGAUUUGGAUGACAACAGUGGCACGCCAAAACAGCGAGAUAGUGUGUUUCGUCUUUUUCUUCGUGUGGAACCGCUUCAGUGGGGUCUAACUGAGCUGCUGCUGGAAAAAAUGGUGGAAGUAGCUGUUACUGACGAGUAA